AUGCUGAGUGCCGAGUAUUGGGAGUUCAUGACUCCCUCGAAAUAUGAAACUCUUACCGAGAUUAUAAACACGGCUCGGGAAAGAGAAAUUGAGCUGAAAAAGCAAAUCAAGCGAGGUGAACGAAGGGCACCGACUGUUAAUCCAAGCCCUACAAAGAAAGCACGAACCACGGAGUCGUCUAAGAAACUGGAAGGAAAAGGCGGGUCGCCGAGUUGUAAGGUCUGCGGUAUAGGGCACAAGGACGAGUGUCGGUUCAAAGAUAAGUCGUACCCUAUAUGCGGAAAGACAGGGCAUACGACUGCGUUAUGCCCGGGAGAAGUGUCGGUUUGUUAUAAGUGUUACCAGCCAGGCCAUAAGAAAUCAAAAUGCCCGGAGUUAGUCGGAAAGAAGGAUGGCAAGGAUUCGCAAGCCGAGACUCCAAAGGCAAAGGCCAGAUCCUUCCAGUUAACCGCGGCCGAGGCAAAGAUGGAACCCGAUGUGGUCUCAGAGAUAAAACUAACGUCUCCUAGUGGAAAACACGUUACCAUCUAUGGCGAGAAAGGGAGUAAUCCCGUAAUAUGCUCAAUGUUAAAAGCUCACAAACUUAUGAAACGAGGAUGUAGAGCGUUCAUGAUAUAUGCAAACGAACCAGACAAGGGAUCGCCAAAGAUUGAAGACGUACCGGUGGUAUGUGAGUAUGCUGAUGUAUUUCCGAAAGAUUUACCGGGAAUACCGCCUGAAUGGGAGGUAGAGUUUUAA